CCAGUGAUUUAUGUAACAAAUGGCUAUAAAAACGUCCGGUAACUAACACCAGUCAGGGAACGACCAAGAUAUCAACAGCACAACUGUUCUCCACCGAUAAAAAUCAAGCCGACCUGUCGCAACUCGAAGAACAUCACAAUCUGACAAGAUGCUCGCAAAGUUCGGCCUGUGCGCGGUCUUCCUCGUCCUGGGGACUGCCGCCGCCUUCGACACCGACCUGGAGGAAGCCUCUCCUCGCCGUGCACGCUUCUCCUCCAACAGCCCCUCGGAUGUGGCUAGGUGUUUGAACGGUGCUCUAGCAGUGGGAUGUGGUACGUUUGCUUGCCUGGAGAAUUCUACCUGUGACACGGAUGGCAUGCACGAUAUCUGUCAACUGUUCCUUCACACCGCAGCUACCUUUAACACACAGGGUAAGACGUUUGUAAAGGAGAGUCUGAGGUGUAUUGCCAACGGCGUCACGUCUAAAGUCUUCCAGACCAUCAGGCGCUGUGGAGUCUUCCAGAGGAUGAUCUCUGAGGUCCAGGAGGAGUGUUACAGUAGACUGGAUAUCUGUGGUGUGGCUCGCUCCAACCCUGAGGCCAUCGGAGAGGUGGUGCAGGUACCUGCACACUUCCCCAACAGGUACUACAGCACUCUGCUCCAGUCCCUGCUAGCCUGUGAUGAGGAUACAGUGGCUGUGGUCAGGGCAGGGCUUGUUGCUAGGCUGGGGCCGGACAUGGAAACUCUCUUCCAGCUGCUGCAGAACAAACACUGCCCCCAGGGUUCUAACCAGGGUUCUAACUCUGCCCCCGCCGGCUGGCGCUGGCCAAUGGGGUCGCCUCCUUCCUUCAAGAUCCAGCCCAGCAUGAGAGGAAGAGACCCCACCCACCUGUUCGCUAGGAAACGCUCUGUGGAGGCUUUGGAGAGAGAGAUGGAGUAGAGGAGGCACACACAUACACACCACUUAUACCUUAAGCACACAUUCACGUAUACA